CGCAUGUCGCAAGCGACCGGCAGUACACGGGUUGGAGAGCCGCAGAUUCGGAACCAAUCCGCAUCCUACGGCGUCACGGCUCCGGCUAUACGCGGCGCUUCGACAGGCUUCUAGAAACCACCGUCGCAAGCGCGGGAACGAGACGACCAAGACGACCGUCAACUGCGGCACAGCUGAAGUGGAGGCGUACCACACCUACGUGCGUGUCGAGUUUCCAUCACGGAGUUUCGCAUCCGUUGUUUAUUCAGGCGUCGUUUCAUCGGCUCUGGGAACUGCGGCGCUAGCAGUCGCUGUCGCGCAGUGAUUGCGUUUCAAGUUCGCUCGGUUCGAAGCACAUGGGGGGCGGUGGGUGUGUUCGCUAACGGCGGAUAAUCCAACCGAAGAGGACGCGGUGGGCUGCCACUCAGAAGAGUGUUCGUGGAGGAUCGACUCGAGUGUGUGUGUGGCUGUCGGCCAGCCUGUGGGUAGGGAAGCGACCAUGAGGCACGUCGGUGUCGGGUGGAUACCGUUGGUGUUCGGCGUGGUGCUCGCCGGCGGAACUCUGCUGACGUUCGUGUGGGCCAUUGCGCGCGGCGAUGUCACGCCUUACCUUCCCUUUGUCAGCGAAGCUGGUGCAGACCCUCCGCAGAGUGGUUUCUUCUCGCUUUGCCUCUUCGUUGCGGCCACAUUUGGGCUGAAGUGCCUCCUGGUUCGCUACCAGACCGUCCGUUCGUUCAACGCCAGUUGCAGUAAGAAGCUGGAUGCUAUGAAUGGUGCUGCCGCCAUCGUUGCUCUCGUUUCCUUCAUUGGAAUGGCCACUGUGGCGUCAUUUCCGAUGGCAGAGAUUCCGACGGUUCAUUCGGCCGCCGCAAACGUCCUUUUCUUCGGGAUGUUUGGUUACCAAGUUAUGCAAACAGUCAUCACAUACUGGAUGUACCCAAAUUUCAACGGGAAGGUCAUCGUCAUCGUGCGGAUAUUGAUCACCUGUGUCUCCGGAGUCUCUGUUGUCCUAAUGGGCGCGCUUGGAUCUGUGGGCAGAUCAACGUGGAAGGAAAAAGGGUACGACCACCCGAUCCGACAAAAAGUUCCGUCGGACGAGGGCUUCGGGCUUCUCGUGAGCGCGGCCGCCUUCGAGUGGAUCCUCGGUCUGUGCCUGGUUCUCUUCUUUUUCACCUUCGUCAGGGAGUUCCACAAGGUCACGCUCGAAAUCAAGGCCGACCUUCUGGUCGACCACCUGGACGACGAGCCGAUAUUCCGCAAGUCGCCCUACAUGUCCGAGACGACGUACCUCCGGGCCCACGAGACGUGACGAUUAUCUUCUAUAGCAAACGCGGUUUUGGGUGCCGCUCGAAACACCACUGACCACCCUUCUGUAGACUGGUGAAACACAUGGAUGUGCCAUAAUUUUCCAUAUACUAUCUCCCAGGCCACCGGUGGCCUGGGAGUAGCAACUAUGUAUAGUGGCACCACGUAGUAUGAACUACAUACAUGGUGGGUAUUUCCGGCGUGUUUUCGACGCGGUGUGGCCGCGUUUAUUUCGCGCACGCGAUGUAUUCGCUAUAUUGGGAGCUCGAAAGGCGUUGCGUGAGAUAACUUAAAGGCGGCAUGAAAUUUACACGGGGCGCAUUUCUGCGAGGAUUGCGGCGUCGGCAUCGCGCGCCGUAGAAAAAAGCCGAGGUUGAAUGGGCGCCAGAAAUACGCCGGAAAUAGGUUUCAUGUGUUUGACACUCUAAGUAGCAUAUUUACGGCGAACCAACUGUGGGUAAAUAAAUAAAGCCUCUGUCCGGAGCCAACGUUUCAAGCAGGCAGCUUGCCUUCGCAAGAACAAUUUAUUUCCUUGGCUGGAUUCGAAACAGCUUCCUUUACACACAAGGGCGAGGGGCCAAAGGAAGCAGGAAUAAGUAAAUGUGUACUAUCUCAACUGAAGGUAUCGUUGGCGUAUUGUCACUGCUGCGUCAGCCGGAGUCGGCGGCUUAAGUUUGCGCUAGCUCUUUUCAUCGCCCAGUUGCAUGCGUGCCACCAUGUAUUCUCAGUUAGCAGGUAUCCAAAUGAAGCGCGUCACAGACCCCUAAAAUACGCUGGAAAUACGUUGCAAUAGUGUGGUUGUCUGUAAGGCUUCUUUGGCAUUUCAAGCACUUUAGGAAUCUAAUGGGUAGGAAUCUAACGUCUUUUCCAAUGCGCAGUUUUCAGAUCACGAAGAUGAAUCGCACGACAGUAUGCGGCAAUACAAACGGUGCAUUGGGACUUUUGGAGAAAUGCGGUAAUUUGAAGGCGUGCCGAGAUAGUAGCGCCAUCAACACUAACGCAUGUGGACGCGCGUGAAAAAAAAAAAAAAAAAAAACAUCCACAUAUCGGCGUGUCCUCGCUUAUAUAUAGAGGUCUGUCGGGGCCACACGAAUAUACGGUGUAAGUUCACACCGGUUUUUGCAUAAAUCUUUCAGUUAAGGAGGUUUCAUGGACAUUCUGUAUUCGUUCAUUCAUAUUCUUAUAAGUGCAACGCAUCUAUGAGACAAUCUGGGUUAGUAAAACUCGGGCAGUAACUUUCCGCCAACCCAACUAAUUUAAUUGGACGCGUUGACAUACCAGCAAACGUUCAUAAAUAUUUUGGACAAGGGGGCAUAUAAAGAAGUUCGUUUUUGGAUCUACUGCUGUGGGGCUGUGUUUUUCCGAGGGAUAUGAACUUCGCUCGUCUUUAGUAAAAAUGCUUUUUCAUGCCAAAUAUUGUGUUUAACGGGUGGGUGCAUUAUUGCUCAACGUGAGCGAACAGCUGUAGUAAUUAGUUCUGAAACACCUGGCAGCGAAAUAGUGCCAUUGAAGGCGAGUAGUUUACUUACAAACUGCCAAAUAAGCUGAACCAGCGUAUGGCUCGAAUUGUUUACGAUGCACUUAACUCAAAAAUGUUCUUUCUAAAUAGGAUUAGGAAAAGUUAGAAUGAAACUAAGUUCAUUAAUAAGCAUGAACAUCGCAAAUUUUAGGACAUGAUUUAGAGAAGUGAAUUAUGGUUUUUAUAUAGUAUACAUACUAUAUAAACAUACUGUCCAUAAUGACAUUGGGUUUUGUUUGCUGGCUCUAUUUGUACUUAAGCUCGCAUGUAAAGUUUUUUUUUAAAGUGCAGGUAAACUUGGUGCAACUUUUUUUUUUAAGUGUAAGUAGACUUUGUGUAACUUUUUUUUAAAGUGUAGGUAGACUUGGAGUAUCUAAACAACAAAAUAUUGCUCUUAUAAAACAACUUGUCAGCAUGCUUUUUUGACAUACACAUUUGUACGCGUGACGACAGUUUGUUUAUUCAGAGCCCUUAUCUAUCGUAAAUUAUGAGACGAGAUCACAAUUCUGUUUAUCUUUAUGUAUUUUUGUAUUAACCACCUGUCAUUACAAUUUUGAUAUCGGCGAUUGCUUCAAGGGAACUGGACAUCUUGCAGGACACAGUAGCAGACAUUGCAGGCUUGUCGUGAGUACUGCUGUAUAAUAGUGCUUCAUCGAAUCUCCACAAAUAAGACAUCAUUCAUAUCAUGAUCCCUGGAUAGUGAAUAAAACUCUGAUAUAGUUGCCAAUAGGUAAUUACAACUGGCCUU